AUGAUGGAGGAGCAUCACAUCGAAGGAUUCGAUGCGCCCUCGUUCUUCACCCUGCACGACUACGAUGCCUCCGGGGCAUGGACUCCCGACGAAGUACGCAAGACAUACGGUCUCGAUGACGAAUCCAAUAGCGGUGUGAGCAAGUCUCGCAAGGAGUCAGCCAUCCGCUCCGUAUUCGAUCUCUUCGAUCCGACAAACAGGGGCUCCAUCAGCCGAGAUGACUGGUUGAAGGCCGUUUCAGCUGGGACACGGUUGCCCGAUCUCGGCUUCGGGCCCGGCCACCAUGGCGACAUUGAGUAUGAAUAUGAGAUUCACCACUUUGAAAAAUACCACGGAGACGAUGCCACGGAGGAGGAAUUGACCCACCCCGAGGACAUUGAGCAUUUCCGACAGCACGACGAAAUGGAGGCUGCUCAAAUGCGACUUGAGAAGCUGGAGCGGAUGCAGGUUGUCGAAGCCAACAUCCCCUCCAAGUUCCGCCGUGCCCUUUAG